AUGCUUGAAGAAGACCAGCUCAAAAGCGCCCUCCGCACCACCACCGAUCGUCUUGAACAAGAACAGCGACGCGCAGAAGAGGCCAUAGCCCGCGCAGAAGCCGCAGAACGCCGUGAACGCGAAGCUAUCGCCAAGAUUGGGGCCCUGGAGGCACUCAAACUCAAACUUGAAACCGAACUCGUCGAGCUCGAGACGUCUUCACGGAACCUACAGGUCCAGCUGGAGAUUUCCGAGCGCGAAUCAAGAGCCUGUCGGAGGGAUCUGAGCCUUCUCCAAACCGAGUUCGAGGAACUUGAUAUCGAGUAUAGGCAAAGUCAGAAACAGUGCCGGAGGUAUCAAAGCGAGUUGCGGAAUUGGGAGUCGAGUGUGAAUGGGCAUCAGAAGGCGAUGCAGGUGGCGGUCAACAAUGCUUUCCAGGAGGGGGAAGAUGCGGGGUAUGAGGCGGGGUACGAGGAUGGGUAUGCCAAAGGCAAACGAGACGGCAAGCAACAGGGAAUCAAGCUGGGUCGGAAAGAAGGAAUUGUUGAAGGAAAGGAACAAGGUCGAAUCGAAGAACGUCGAAAUGCCAUGGAUGCGAUUGACAAGUUCUUUGCAGAAGAAGGGUAUGAUCCAAGCCGAAUCCGUCGUUGGGCACAGUCUGUUCAGGGAUUACAACCUGGAGACCAUCUUGAAGCUUGUUCUCUGAUUCUCAUGGCCACCUCUGUCCCUCCCCGUCGUAAAGGUCCCAAGGAUCUCCCCAAACUCCCCGCAUCUGCCUUUGUGCCUCCCAGUUCUGCCACUGACGAGUCGUUCGGCCUUGGUCCUGACCCAAGCGCUCUCCAGCCCGAGUCUGUCAUCGACGCCAAUGUCGUCGUGAAGGAUGGCGACAUCACACAUGCACAGUGGAAGAAGGAUGCCGGUCAGGUCCUCGGUGGAAAGAUUAAAGGAGUCGUCCUUUCUCUCUCGGGCGCUGACCUCGAGAAAGCAAGCAAAGAUCUCGAGUCCAGCCCAGAUCGUGAUCGAAUCUUGUCCUUGAUUGUCCCCUACGACGCUGAGAAGCCGGAUCCUGCUCUGGAAGGGCAACUGGCUUCGACUAAGGUCCCAACCUCAUUAUCGACGAUCUACAAGGGCGCUUCACCGGAAGUCAUUGUCGGACUCAAAUGGGCCCUCGAACGCGGGCGUCCUGUUGAUAUCGACAUCCAGGUCGACCUCAGUGAAUCGACCCUCGAAGGUUUCGAGGACACCGUCUCGAAGGCGACCGAAGGCUUGACCAACAUACCUCCCAUCGUUCUCUCCAACGUCCUCCCUCCUCCUCAUGACCUCGACCUUCCUAUUAUCCGAUUGAUGAACCACCCUUCAUAUGUCGCUUUCCAAACCCAGGUUGCCGCCCUCUCCUUGCUCCCCAACGCGUACAUCAAAUUCCUCCCUCCCUCUUGGGACUCGCCCACCCCACAAACCCCUUAUCCUGGCAGCUCUUCAGACACCCCCGAGUCCAAGAUCCAGCGUGAAUGGAAACGCAGGAUCAAGAUGUAUCUCGGCCCUGUCCUUGAGGCCUUUGGUCACCAACGAAUCAUGUUCGGCUCGUCUCCCUCGACCUCUUCGCGUGGUCCUUCAAACGCUGGCGACUGGUACGAAAUCUCGAAAGAGUCUUUGGCAGAGCUCGUCGCGGAUCAGGAAUUCCUUGAUGCGGUCUUCUAUACCAACGCGCAGAAGGUCUACGGCCAGGAAAAGAAGACAGAGGCGUAG